CGACACUUACACGAAUUUCGAAAUUUGCGAAGGGAAUCGUGGAAUUAUUUUUAAUUCCACCGAAUAUAUAAGUGUCUUGUGGCUUUUUUUGUUUGUACAUUUUAAAGAUGGCUUUCUCCAUGUUUCUUCGCAAUUCAGCAUGCACAAGCCGCAUAUUCAGCCAGCAAGUAAUGCAGCUAGCAACACAACCUGCCUUCGCACAGCGCGCCGCGGCCGCCUCCGUGCCCCUCAAGAGCUUAGCUCUUAACCAGAGCAAUAGCACGCCUAUUCUUAACGCUGUGCGCUCCUUCCGCACGACGGCGCCCGCGCUGGCCGAGCACGCGCACGACCACUCCAAGCUGUGGGUCAUCGAGAAGGCGGUCACAGCUGCCAUGGUGCCGCUCGUCCCCUUGGCGCUGCUCAUGCCUAACAAAGUGUUUGACUCGGUGCUGGCUAUUCUCAUCACUGCACACAGCUUCUGGGGUCUCGAAGCCAUAGCUGUUGACUACGUCCGCGCCAGCAUUUUCGGCCCCUUCAUCCCGAAGCUGGCCAUCGGCCUCGUCUACCUCAUCUCCAUCGCGACCCUCGGCGGCCUCUUCUACAUCAUCAGCCAUGACGUCGGCCUCGCUAACGCCGUCAAACAGUUCUGGGGGGUUAAGGCUAAGCAGGCGUAGGCUUUGAGUGGAUACGGCCCUUUUUAUAUGUAUGUAUGAAGAAAUCUAGAUCUCGUGAUCGAGCGUUCUACGGAAUUGUCUAUCUCAACGGUUCUCAAAGUUUUUUGGCGACGGGACCCUUUUGGAAAGCAAAAUAUUUGACGGAGCCCCAAAUUUAAAACUUUCGUUUCACAAAUCAACUGUGGACGUGGACCAGAGAUAAAGAGCUGGUUAUUGAUUUGUUUUCGCUUUUUCUCGCGGAGCCCCCAACAAAGGCUUUGCACACUUUGAGAAUGGCUGGUCUAUCUUGUCCGGUAUGAAUGCGAUUUUUUUUACCGUGUUAGGUAUAUUUUUUAGCAUUAGACAGAACUCCGCAGAAGAUAUUUAUCGGGAACUAAUUGUGGCAUACCUAAUAUUAACCUUUUCGCCGCCAUUGACUUGAUAUAAAGUCAGUACAUUUCGUGCCCUACACGCCACGACUUCAUAUAUUAACGAGUUGGUUGUUAAUUCGUUGACGUGGCGGCCAAAAGGUUAAAAUAAUCUCAAAUAGACUAUUAUUCUCUAUUUACUUCAAAAUUUUACCGCCAAAAGUGCCCGAUUUAGAACCUCGUGCUUAAUAGCCGCCUCGGCCGAGGCACGUCUACACUGGCCGUUUUAUGCGCGAGGAAAUUGCUUCGCGUAUUAUGCUCGCUCUGUGUAGACCCGGCUAAUUAAGUAUAGGAGUUUCUUUUCAUGUUUAGAAAAAGCGUCGUCAAAUAAUUACAGUGGUAAUUAGACGAAAAAAACUCGCGUUUGUACUUUGUAGACACGUGGAAUGCUCCUACUAAAAGAUUACUAUAAAAAACCACAUGCAUAUGGAAAGGGUUAAGACGUAUUUGCAAAUCGCUAGAACCAGAUAUUUUAAGUGAUUCAGUUUAAAUUCAAUUGUCUGGAACAAUUGAAAUUUGGCAAUACAUGUAGUUAUUUUUUUUGUAAGGGCCUUGGCGCUUUUUUUUAGUUUCUACUGGCGCUUGCGAUUUGCACAAUCAACGUUUGAGUUAUAAGUAAUAUUUGCUACUAUAAAGUUCAAUACGUAAAUGUGACGUUAUCUAUGAAAAGGGACAUUAUUGUCGAUGGUGCUUAUAAGCCAUUAUAACGAUGCUCCGAUAUAAAUACAAUGCUGCGCGACGCUGUGCGGCGUAAGCGCCAUCGACAAUAAGGUCCCUUUUCAUAGAUAAUAUCCCAUUAAUAAUAUAAUAGUUGAUUCAAUUCUUUUUAGUGAAUUGAAACAACAGCAUUUUGAAGGGCACUGAACCAAGUGUAUGGCGGCAAAUUUUACCAAUAACUAGGAUAUUUUGAAAUUUUUGCCAGAUAUUUGACUCGAGAAUGUAUUUAUUACCUUUAGGUCAUCUUUUAGAAUUUUUUAAGGUUACCCGAGGCUGUAAUUAUUUAUUUUAGUGACAAAUUCGAAAUUUUAAUGAGAUUUUAUUGGCUUAUGUAUUUAAAAUGAAAUAUUUUUUUAACAUAUGGACUAUUUGUAUAUUUGCAUGCUUGCCUCGAAUCAGACAUCUGGCUUGGGGCCGUUCAUUUAUUACGUAAGCUCUUGUACAUGAUACUUGUACGAAUCGUGAAAUAUAUUGUCAUGUGACUUAAAAGCUAAAGUAUUUCGUGUAUCAGUUUAAAAACUAUUUUACACUUACCUAAUAAAUGAAUGCGCUCAUUCGAGACAAUACCAGGUACUUAAUGUGUAGCACAAUUCUUUACUUUUUGAAAGUAUUAAUUCGGUUUAGCGUAGUUAUGAUUGUGCUGUGAAGUAUCGGGGGGUUUUGAUGUGAUUAAUUUAUUAUAGUUUAAUAAAGGAAGUACCUUUUA